CGAGAUUUGUUACCUGCGUUGACGUCUUGUGAAGGCGCCUGACCGCCACCUUCCUUGGCUCCGUUAUACUUGCAUGCACUUGGCGCGGUGUGGUCGUUCUAACAUUGCUUGCUCUAUGCUCCUUCGAGGCUUCCCGACGAUACCUAAGUAUUCGUGUAAUGUCUUGGUGGACUCCUUCAUGGCUUCCUACACUCCCGUCCAUCGACUUCUCCUUGCCUUCUAGCAUUCAGAAACGGUUCAUCUCCUUCGCUCUCAGACAGGCUCUGGGACACCUUCUCAAGCCCGGGCAGCUUGACACCCAACAGGUAGACUCUCAAAUAGGCUCCGGUUUUGUGCAGAUCAGGGAUGUUGAACUGGACAACACUGCUAUCAAUACACUGCUCGCAGGGCUACCUAUUCAGCUCCACGAUGGAUCUGUGGGGAAAGUUACUGCUCGAAUUCCGUGGCCUAAUCCGCUGACUUCUGCCAUUGGUCUCUCCUUGGAAUCUUUGCACCUGACGUUCAUCGUCUCGACUACACCCUCCCAAAGCCAACUGCGGUCUUCUUCCUCAGACCUUGCGGAAUCGGUAGCUUCUGUUGCCGAAAGCUUUAUGCACGAUGAGCUGGAUGCUCUGGAGGAGGCCACACUGCGAGACUCGGUCCAUUCUGAGCUAGGAGGCUCUUCGCAAUCGGUAGACCACGUUCCCGGAGGACUGGACCCUUUUCUGUCGGAAGAGGGCUCGCAUAUCGAAGGCGAGCCUCCCGCUGGGGUGUCUAUCUUCGCCAGUCUUGUCGAAAGGCUGUUAGCUCGCUUCGAGUUCGACUCAACAGAUCUCAAGAUCACCCUCGUACACCCCGAACGAGCGAGCUUCACAUUCAGUGUACCUUUAAUUCGCUAUCGGACGGAGGUGAAAGAUGCGACGCUUGAGGACUCUUCAGCCUACUCCCAGGCUGCAGGAGACCAGUUUACUACUCCCGAUGGCGUUGUUCGUACAGUCAGUAUCUCUGGUGUGACUGUAACCAGUCGAUGUUUGCUUCCACCUAGCCCACAGCUUGUUACAUCCUGCACAUCCCCAGUGGCUUCUGCCACAUCCCAUACUUUGCAGGAGAUACAUCAAUCUGCCAUUCCCGAUGUUUUGCGACCACCUUCCCCGUACUCUGACUCUUCAGAGCUCGACGACGAUGUUAACAUGCUCAUGUCCCAAUCUUUGGUGACAUUACCUCCACGACCUGUCUCCCCUUCGGUCUCUGUGGCUAGCAGCAUGUACGAGUCUGCAAUCUCAACGACUUCUGCAGGCCGAAGCCGAACAAUGGCUGACGAAGAGUCUAGGCGUCUGAAACCUCCUACCGAAGCCAUAGCGUGCACGGGCCCCGCAAAUCCUACAAGCCCAACAAAUGCUCUACGCCCAGGGCUUACUAUCACGGCCGAUGAAGUUGAGGAUGAAAUGCUUAUCUCAUUUGGAAGUGAAACAAUUACGCUCCGUCUGUGGACGCCUUCUCCCGCACGCAGAAAGCCCGGCGGUCCCAGCGUAUCUCCUCGAUUUAGGUCCCCUGAUACAUCAGACGCGAGGCGAGGCGAGGCAAGAGACGUGGGAGCAGUGAAGCUGGAUAUAACUGUAGGAGUCAUGGCUGUCGCACUCAGGGCGCGGCAUAUACGCAGCCUGAUUCAUCUCACUGCACUAUGGUCCUCGCACCCGCCUCCCGUAGCCUCACAAACUGCGAAGACAGACGGUCCCGGUAGCUCCAUCUCACAGCGUGUGGAUGCUACGCUGCGUCUUCGCGGCAUAGUCAUCUCCCUCCUUCCUGGAAAGCCUAAUGCGAACUUGUCUGAAUACUUUAAUCACCCACUUGUCCCUCCCUCUUUACCCCACGGUUACGUGCGAAUGCAUCUUGAAGAAUUUUCGGCCGCAUUAUCCAUGCAUCCGACGCCUCCUCCGGCAGGUUUUCGACAAACUAUCGCCACGCAUGGCAGAAAUACCAUAACCGCUCGACUUUCCCUCAGCGAACUCUCAGUCUUUUCCUUCCUCUUCUCCCCGCAUCACGCAGACGGCUUAGAACUUGCAGCCAUCCCCUUGCUGAUUACGGACCCCAAUCUCUCCUAUCAAUACGAGGAGCCGCAUAUCCAUCCAGAUCUCAGACAGCCAAUUGUCGAGUCAUAUCUGCCCACCUUCGACGUCACUGAUUGGACAGAUCCAGCUCAUUGGACGAGUUCUGCGAAGAUAUCUGCAUGGCGUACGAAGAAACAGCACACCCCUGCAUCCCCGGUAUCAGAAAGUCCAAGGAGUCGUCUCGGAAGUCGACAGACACCUCCAGCCAGGCUCUCGUCGUCGCCUCUUGACACUCAAGAAUCUGCUCCAACUGGCAGAUUUGGACCACGAGCUCAAGCUUCGUCCGCAGUUGUGGUGAAGCUUACAGUUGAUACCGUCCACUCAAGUAGGCAUAGUCGCCGAAAGGGAAAGAAUCCGGAAAGUGGGAUUGACGUCGACGUGGAAGUAGCACCACUGCAUGUCUUCCUCGAUAUACCACAAAUACUGGGAGAAGGAGCUACUUCCGAGGGGAACGAGGUCCUGGCUUUCAUUGAUGAGUUAUCCUCCCCUACUGGUGAGGUCCUCGGUUCUUCGCGCGAUGAAGAAGCCUCAGACGAGGAAGAUGAGGGCGAGGCAGGGAUGGACACUCCACCCGGUACACCGCGAGCUAGGCAGCGGUAUUCAAGUCGACAACUUGAACGGGAACGAGAGGAAGAGCGAAGACGCUUAGAGCGGUUGGUUUUGGAGGAUCUCGACCUUGGUUUUGACUAUAGCCAACCUCCGUCAAGGGUCGAGGAGGGCUUAAGGGAUAUGACUCCAACGCGUGCGCGGCAGAAGAGGGUUAGUAACAGGAAGACGGUUCGCGUAUCGGUGACAUGCAAGAUACCGUCAGUCCGCUUGGAGGUUCGAGCUGCACCACGAGCUUCUCAGCGACCCAGGUCUGGAGCAGCGGUUCUAGACAUACACAACCUCAGUCUAUCGAACGGCGAACAGUCGAAUACGGCUGAACGAGGACCUCGCUUUGCGGAUGUCGAAGGAACCUUCGAAACUAGCCAGAAUAUUGAGGACCAUAGCACAGGAACACUGGCCUCUGCACGUUGGCAGCGACUGGUGUUUGCGUACGCCUUGGUAGGAGAACGCAAGGCCAGAGCUCUGUUAUCUGUGGGACCAUUACCCGCACGAAUCAACAUCGAUGCCCCUCUUCUAGGAUCACCACCGACACAGUUUUACUCUGGGCCGAGCCCGAGCCCUUGUGUCACAAUAUCGCAGGGGGUAUCUUCGAUAGAGCAAAGAGAGCUAGUCUCGCUGAUCCUCACAGCACACAUACCGUCGGUCUCUGUCAAGCUGUCGAAGGAUGUUGUUGAUGGUCUACAGCUAUGGGCGGACGAUGUGUCACGAUUGGCUGAGUCUGCUUUUGGAUCACAGCCGCCUUCGACCAGCAACAGCAGAGAUCAGAGCCUCAUCGGCAGUCGCUUCUUCUCCGGGUCGCGGCGCAGUGCAUCGGAUAGCGUCAGCACAGUCAGCGCUCAACGGGGCGACGCCACGAAGGAAACAAUAAUCAAGGCAACCAUCAGCGAAGCUGCUGUAACUAUCGACCUGCCUCGAAACGGGUCGUCUAAUCGGCCUUUCAAUAUCAUGGCCUCUGACGUUGACGUUUUGCUAGAGGUUAAGCCGGAGGGGAAAGAGGAAACUGUGGUAACGGUGGGAGUUAUGGAUCUGAACGUCGUAGAGACGUCUUCCGAUGGCUCUUUAUUGGCAUUCUUGGGUCUCACUUCCUCUCGGGAUGCGACCAACAGCACUCAGGCACUCCUCAAGUUACGGUUCAGGUCGUUCGUAGUAUCCAACACGACCGCCAAGGAGUCGCGCAUCAAACUCACGCUCUGCGGAAUCACCUACAAUCUACAUCCUGAGUUACAGUGGAUCUCUGACCUGGCAGAGUUCUUCAAAGCGCCUCCAGGGGUCUUCGAAUCGGUCGUUCCCAGUGAAAGAACCCAUGUAUCCAUCAAAUUUAUCGACACAUCAGUACAUGCCCUGUGCCCAAAUUUCCCUGGUGCAAUGGUCCUGCACCUCGGAGAAACUGACUGCAGUACAACCAUGGUCGGCAAUUUACCCCAGACCUCUAUCCGGCUUGGUGUACAGACUCUGUCGCUCUUCUUGACUGACGAUCUCAGUAGUCUUACCGACGACAUUUCUGGCCGGUUGACAGUUAUGAGUAGACUCAGUCGCGCAGCUGGUGGUGUUUGGAAGUCGUCGGGGUAUGCAUUGAUUGCUGAACUCUCGGCCUUCGAUCUCGUCUUUGUAAAGCGCACGGACGUCACUCCACCGGACGUCAAGGUGGUUAUCGAUUGCGGUGACCUCCGCUUGCAUUUGUGCGCCGAUACUGGAACAGCGUUGGGCGCGUUCGUCUCCGAUUUCAAGUCCAUCUUCGCGACAUCACUUGAUCUUAGCGUCGAGGCCCCUAAGCCGAAACGAGAGCCAACCGAGAUUGCAAGCCCCAUAUCGUCCGGCAAGAGCCUUAUGGCCUCAAUCGACGAGCAUGCCUUCCGCCGGCGCAUCCCAGAAGUCGGCCCUGCUCCUGAUAUGGUAGACGAUGACCUACCCAGCAACCUGGAGUAUCUCGACGAUUCAUUCAGCGCAGCUGCUGGGCUGAAGGUGCUCGAUGACGACGAGUCCGAUGAAUUUUAUCCUCAAGACCCGAGUAGUGUGGGAGAUCAGAGGGGAGUCGUUGGAGCGUACGGGGGAGAGACCAUUCGAUUGCUUGAUUCCCAAGGUCUCCGCCCUGUGGAGCACUAUUUCGACGCCUUUCCGCCAGAUAGUGCUGACGAAUCGUUUCAGUAUGGCGAGACAGCUUUGAAGGUGCGAGUCCGGGAUGUAGGCGCAACAGUCUUCCUCUAUGACGGCUAUGACUGGGUGCGAACUCGAAGAAUCAUCGAGGAGGAAACCCGGGAGAUGAAGCGCAAGCUUACGCGUAUCAGGCAGCUCCUGGCCAGCGGACAGAUGCCAGACCCCAGUGUCGAAGAAACGAACACUUUGCUGUUCAACUCUGUGUACGUCGGCCUCGAGCACAACGUCGACGAGUUGGAUCGCGGAGCCCUGAUGGAGGCCAUCGAUCAAGAACUAAACGAGGAUUUGGAGACUGCCAGCCAGAGCUCGUGGCAGUCAUUCAAACCUUCGCAACGAUCUCCCGGAAAUGCUGAAGGACCUCCUAAGCGAUCUCGCAGAAUCUUGACUCGCUCGAAGGGACCAAGUAUCGAGUUCCGUUUGCAGGGACUGGAUGUCGAGGUCGACAACUACAGGACAGACCCCUCACUAGCGUCCAGAAUUCUUGUUACCACGCGAGAUGUAGAAAUCCUCGACCACAUCAAGACUUCUACUUGGAGCAAGUUCUUAACCUCUCUUAGAACUGAUUCGAGAGGCAACGUCCGCGAGACGGGCUCGAAUAUGGUCCGGGUGGAACUGCGCAAAGUGUAUCCUGUGCAAGGCAACAUGACGGAAGAAGCUAGGCUUCGAGCAAAGAUCCUACCGUUACGGCUACACGUUGACCAGGAUGCCCUGGACUUCAUGAAGAAGUUUUUCAGUUUUAAGGACCCGGACAGUUUGCCGGCCCAACCGACAGAUCCAGCUGACGAUAUCUUCUUCCAGCAAGCCGAGGUCUUCCCAGUGGACAUCAAGCUCGAUUACAAGCCUCGUCGCGUCGACUACCGCGCUCUACGCGAUGGUCGCACUAUUGAGCUCAUGAACUUCUUCCACUUCGACGGAGCUGAGAUGACCCUGCGGCAUAUCACCUUGACUGGGAUCACUAGCUGGGCGAAAGUUGGAGACCUUCUCAACGACUUGUGGACACCUGACGUGAAAGCGACGCAGCUGGUGGAUGUCAUAUCUGGAGUUUCCCCUAUCCGCUCGGUCGUGAACGUAGGAUCCGGUGUCGCCGACCUAGUGCUGCUACCCAUCUCGCAGUACAAGAAGGACGGCAGAGUCCUCAGGGGCCUGCAGAAAGGCUCCACAGCUUUCGUCAAGUCGACAGCUAUAGAGGCGAUUAAGCUCGGUGCGCGGCUUGCGACGGGUACACAAGUCAUCCUGGAGCAAGCGGAAAGCGUCAUUGGGGGUCAAUUCCAUGACCCUGUGAUGGUCGAGGCCAUCUCCUUACCUGCCGGCUACAGGGACUUAAGCGAGGAGUUUGACGAAGCAGCAGAGGCUGAAGAGCCGAUUAGCAGGUAUGCCGAUCAGCCUGCGAAUGUGAAAGAGGGCGUGGUCUCCGCAUACCAAAGCCUCAGACGGAACUUCAAUUCGGCGGCGCAGACUAUUCUCGCUGUACCUAUGGAAGUGUACGAACGGUCGGGGAAUGAGGGUGCUGUUAGGGCUGUCGUUCGCGCGGUGCCAAUCGCGGUAUUAAGACCUAUGAUUGGUGCAAGCGAGGCUGUCAGCAAGACUUUGCUGGGUCUCCACAAUACGCUGGACCCUAACGUUCGCGCGGAGAACGAAGCAAAGUAUAAGCAGCGAUGAAUGGACCGCAGACAACAGCCUGAGUUGAGCUUUUUGUGUAUCUCGUGCAUCUGACAUUUGUAACAUCACUUGCAAAGACUACAAUCGAACACACAUGUAUUGUAUACAUUAGCAUCAUAAUGGAUCCCUGGAACUUGAUAUGUGCAUACUUGGCCGUUCAUCUCCAUGUAUCCAAGGGCAAGACAGCGUGAAGAUAAGAGAAUGAAGGAAAAGUGAUUAGAAGUUGGCUCAGUCGAUAUCCAUACCCAUCGAGCGACCCUCGCCAAGAACAAGAGCACUUCGUGAUUUUGCUUGCACCUUGAUUUUUUCGCGAAUCUUCUCCUGGCCAGAGAGUUGUGUAGCCAUUGGUUCGACGAGCUUGAUGGAUGCCUUCUCGAUCUUCUUUUUCCGGUGUGCACGAAGCUUUUCUCUGCUUGCAGCCAUGCUGUACACCACAGAGACGC